AAUAAUUAAAAAAUGCUGUUGCUAAAUUUAUUUCUCUCUCAUCCUGCAUCCGCUUGUCUGAUGUGCGUGCUGAUCGUUUUAGCUUCACUCUGUUUUCGAAGCGGCUCAAGAAAAUCAGCUUUUAAAUUGCCGCCUGGUCCAAUGCCACUUCCAGUCAUUGGCAAUCUACAUUUGCUGGACAUUAAGAGGCAGGACAAAUCCUUACUGAAGCUCGCCAAAAAAUAUGGGCCCAUAUUCACCGUCCAUUAUGGAUUCCAGAAAGUGGUAGUACUAACCGGCUACGAGGCUGUGAGGGACGCCCUUGUGAAUUUCACAGAGGAAUUUGUGGACAGGCCGUGUAUACCGAUAUUUGAACAGAUUCAGCAUGGAAAUGGGGUUUUCUUUUCCACUGGAGAGCUGUGGAGAACGACCCGAAAAGUCACGAUGUCCAGCAUGCACAGCCUCGGGAUGGGGAAGAAACUCAUAGAGGAGCGGAUAAUUGAAGAACUUGAUUUUCUUGUAGAGAACAUUAGAUCUUUCAAAGGAGAACCUUUCAGCCUCAGAACCUUUAACGCUGCCCCAAGCAACGUCACCUUCGCUCUGCUGUUUGGGGAGAGGUUCGACUACAAAGAUCCACUUUUCCUCACUCUGCUAAAACUCAUCGAUGAAGUUAUGUGUCUUCUCGGAUCUCCAUAUUUGCAUCUGUUUAACUUCUACCCAUUCCUUGGAUUUCUUUUCAAUGCUCACAAAAUGUUACUAAAAAAAAUUGAAGAGGUCCGGGUCAUCAUAAGAGAUUACAUUAAGACAAGCAAACAAGAUAUCAACGCCAACAGUUUCAGAAGCUACACAGAUGCAUUGGUCUUAAAGCAACAAAAGGACAUGAGCAAGAAACACAACCUUUUUCAUGACGACAACGUGGUAGCAUCCAUACUGGAUCUCAUAAUGGCUGGAACAGAGACCACCGCGACCACAUUGCAAUGGGCUGUUCUGCUGUUGACAAAGUACCCAAAGGUUCAAAAGAAGAUUCAAGAGGAGAUCGCAGAAGUGGUGAAGCCGGGCAACUGGGCCACAUAUGAAGACCGGAAAAACAUGCACUAUACCCAUGCGGUGAUCCACGAGGUGCAGAGAUUUAUCACCCUUUUGCCGCAUGUCCCGCGCAGUACAUCAGUUGACACUCAUUUCAGGGGCUACUUUCUCCCAAAGGGCACCAUGGUGAUUCCUUCCCUCACCUCCGUUCUGCUGGAUCAAAAACACUGGGAGACUCCGCAUGAGUUCAACCCGAACCACUUCCUCGAUGCUGAUGGGAAGUUUGUCAAGAAAGAUGCCUUUGUCCCCUUCUCCUUAGGGCGCCGGAGUUGUGUUGGGGAAAGCUUGGCUAAAACGGAGCUAUUUCUGUUCUUCGUGGGCCUGCUGCAGAAAUUCACUUUCCAACCCCCACCUGGGCUUACAGAAAAGGACUUGGACUUGAAUGUCCCUGAGACGACGUUCACGUUGAGACCACAGCCUCAGUUGACUUGUGCCGUUCCCCGCGAGUAAAGAGGACAUUGUGGCAAAUAAUUCACACACACUGAGGGGGGUGAAACAUCUCAUAUAGGGUAUUCCUUUGAUUGAGCAAGUGCAUUGGGGCCAAUUCUGCAGCACACAGCCCAUUUGCUAUUAGGUCUACCCUUGAGAAGCAGAGACCAAACCAGUCCUGACAAAUUGACCGCUAACAUAUCAAGGAUCAGAAUUGGGUCUGAUGCUUUUUUAACUUGUUCAUAAAUGACUUAAAAGUUAGUGGUGAGUUGGUGCUGGUAAAAAAGGGGGGAUUGUGAAGAGCCCCAAAAGGAUCUUUCAAAAAUAGGUGAAUGGGUAAUACAAUGACACAUUCAUUUUGUAAUGGGUGAAGUGCACGUUGGGAGAAAUCGAAAUCACAGGUGCAUGGGUGGAGUCUGAGCUGGCUACAAACAACCAGGAAAUGGAUCCUGGGAUUGCGGUGGAAAAUG